AUGCGCAUCGCCGUCAUCGAAUGCGACUCACCAAUACACCCUGUGCGUGAGUGCCUGGGCACGUACGGGGAUAUGUUCGAGCGGCUCCUAAUCGCAGGACUCAAGGGUCUGAAGUGGGAAAAUAUAGUUGAUUUGAAAGUGAUAAAAAUGAACGUGGCGGAUAACCCCGUCUUUCCCAGUCCGGAGACGUAUGACGCUAUUCUGUUGACUGGAGGCAAAUGGGAUGCAUUUUCCGACUCUGAAUGGAUCGUCAAAUUGACAGAAUACGUGGCCAAGAUCUUCAAGGAGACCACAAAGCCGAUCCUGGGGGUUUGUUUUGGGCAUCAGAUUAUUGCUCGGGCGCUGGGUGCGCCCGUUGGUCGGGGUGGUGAGGGGUGGGAGAUCGCCGUGGAGCCGAUUGUCUUGAAUGAUAUUGGACGGUCGCUGUUCGGGAAGGAGACCUUGGCUCUGCACCAGAUGCACAGAGAUAUUGCAUACGAGGUACCAAUGGGGUGUGCCAAUGUAGGCUCGACCCCGAAGUGCAAGAUACAAGGGCUGUACAUGCCGCAGCGGAUCCUGACUGUGCAAGGCCAUCCAGAGCAUAAUGAGUUUGUAAUCAGAACUAUGAUUGAGAUGCGACGCAGCCAGGGUAUUUUUGGCGCGGAUUUGGCAGAGAAUGGGUUGUCGCGUGUAGAAAAUGAACAUGAUGGAGUGGUCGUGGCACAGGCUUUUUGCAAGUUUGUCCAUGAGACAUUGUCUUCAUGA